AUGGAGUUCUGCAAGAAGUUGUUACGUUCGCGCGAUAAGUCGCGUCGCAAACAUGCGGGUGCUGCCUCGACAGCGCAGUCUGAGCAAGCGCCCACCCAGCCUCAUGACUUUCUCGAUUUGUCUCAACACCUCGCAGCUCAGCCUGAUCGCUUGAUUCCGCACUCAGGCGCUUCGUUCGAUGAUCCUACCACUUCUUCCACGCACCCGCAGCACUUGAGCCAUGACCGGCAGUACGCCAAAUCGAUGCCCUUACAUAGUCCCGAUCCAAGUGUACAAGGAAUUACUCAACCUAUGACCAAAGGCAGAAACCAGGGUCUUCGAGUAGUCUUUGAAUCCGCCACUACUUCUAAGUCUACUGUGGACAUUGUGUUCGUUCACGGCUUGACUGGCAAUGCCUACGAUACCUGGCUACACAAGAACAGUAAGACACACUGGCCAUCCGAUAUAUUGCACAAGGACAUUAGCGACGCGCGAAUCAUGAUGUGGGGUUAUGAUGCAGAUGUUACCAGCUUCUGGGGACACGCCGGGAGGAACCGUCUAGUAGAGCAUGCAAAGAAUCUGAUGGGAGACCUCGUGCGACAGAGAGAAGACACAGCCUCGGAAUCUCGAAGAAUCAUUUUCGUCUGCCACAGUCUUGGCGGAUUGGUCGUGCAAAAGACAUUGAGUGUCUCUCGGGAUCGUGCUGAGGCUCAUUUGCGCCAAAUCGAAACAUGCACGUGUGGUAUAGUUUUCCUUGGAACUCCACACAACGGAUCAAAUCUCGCGUCUUGGGCUGUGCUCUGCACCAAGCUCGUAUCGACGUUUCGGGAUGCAAAUGAAGCCAUCGUAAAGACGCUGAGCCAAGAGUCGGAAGUCUUGCGAGAUACGCAAGAAACUUUUGGCCAGCUUCUGCGUGUUCGACAAAGCCAAGGAACCGAAAUCCAGAUCACAUGUUUCUUCGAGGAGAACGCCGUAACAGCUGUUGGCAUGAUCGUCCCAAUCUCUUCGGCUACUCUGCUUGGCUACACUUCCUAUGGGAUACCGGCAAAUCAUAUGAACAUGACUAAGGUUGCCACACGCGAAGAUGUAGGUUAUCGGCGGAUCGUUGGAGAGCUUAAGCGCUGGGUCAACCACGCUACGCCAUCUUCUCAUGCUGUCAUCUCAUCUAUAGACCAGGAAGAUAUUCUUCGAUUGCUCGAUACUAAAAGUCCACUUAAGAAGUUCAGCCAGCCCAAUGAGUCCUUUCCUGGCACAUUAAGAUGGGUUUGUGAUGAUUCAAACACGAAGUUUCUGUCCUGGAUCAAAAGGGGUGGAACACCCUACUGGAUCACGGGGCAUCCGGGAUCGGGUAAAAGCACUGUUCUCCAUCACCUUUUCCACAACCAGCACGAGAUUUUGACGACGCUGCGAGAAGCUUGGCCUUCCGAGCCUGUGUUCGCGACUUACUCUUUCACUUUUCGAAGUGAUCAAAGCCAUAGGACCAUCGAAGGGCUGCUUCGAUCCCUGAUCCACGACGUCCUGUCGAAAAAGCCACACUUGUUUGCAUCAGCUUUCCCAUCGUUGCGGACCAUUUCGGAUUUUCGCCGAAACUUUCUCCCGUGGUCGGAAUGGCAACUUGAGCAGGCAAUGUAUAAGGCGCUCGAUGCGGGGCCAUCGAUACCAUUUUUAUUCUUCAUCGACGGACUAGACGAAUACGAGGGCGAGCACUCUCGUAUUGCACAGUUUGUCGAUAGAUUUUCUCGACGUUUACCCCAUAACCUUCGACUAUGUAUCUGUAGUCGACCCGAAGCUGACUUCGUGUUUCAAUUCAUGGAGUAUCCUGUCUUGAAGGUCGAGCAACACUCUAGUGCAGAUGUGCAGCUGUACGUCAAUGAACGGAUGAAAGAAGCAGAGCCCUUACUCGGUGGGGCUACGAACUUGAUCGCGCGAAAGAUCAUCGAAAAGGCCCGGGGAGUGUUCCUGUGGGUGAAACUCGUGAUUGACAGCUUACAGCGAGGUUGGAGAAGGUACGAAUCAUUGGAUCGUCUAGAGCGCCGUCUCCACGACAUGCCUCCGGAUCUUGCGGAUGUGUACCAACGUAUCGUCGAAGAUAUGGACCCUGAAGAGAUGGAGGAAGCAUGCCUCUUGCUUGCCAUUACUGUCUUUGCUCAGCGGCCUCUGCUGGUACGAGAGCUGUAUCACGCCUUCAUACAUUCUAAUACAGCUACCCCGUUGGCCCUUCAAAACCACUGCGUCCAUGCUACACUUUCAUCUGAAGCACACCAUCUUUACUCAGAAUUGGAACUAUUGGAGAAAAGGAUCCCAAUUCUCAGCCGAAGUCUUCUACAGAUUGGCAACAACAACAACGUUUAUGUCUUGCACGAAACCGUGCAGACGUUUGUCUAUCAACGAAUGGUCACCAGCACUUAUCCUGCUGUUUCGCUACCUGCAUAUCGAGGCAAUUUGCUGCUACUCUCGGCUUGUAUCAACUACCUCACUUCCUUAUUUGGAUCGAAAGAAUCCGUCUGGUCGCUCAAAAUGCAAGAGAUACAGUCGUGGUCAGAAGAGCAAACCGACAUCUACGAGCUUGGAAACGUGUAUCUGAACGGUACGGACUGGAUCAAGUGGCAUGAGAAGCGUAAAUGGAGCAGUUUAACGACAUAUCCUAUGGAAUUAGGGUUUCUUCAUUAUGCGACAGAGCAUUGGCUACGACACGCUGUAGAAGCGGAACUGGAGACUCAAUCCGGGAACUGUCAGGUCCUUGACAGAUUCAAAGGUCUGCCGUUUGACCUCUGGAGAAGAUUGUAUCAGGUCCACAAUCCAUAUCAUGGUAGAAGGAUGCCUGUUACUAUGUUGGCACUAGCUUUAGAAACAGGACUGAACCGGUAUGCUUUAUCAGAGAUCGAGGCCAUCGGAAACUACACCCGGGUUCAGAGUUCAAUUUCGAACUUACCUUUACACUCCUUGUUAUUCGCUGCCGCGAAGCUCGGGAAUACCGACAUUGUGGACCGUCUACUUGCGAAAGGUGUUUCAUUUGUACCCGACAAUGAUUACUGGAUGAGACUUCUUGAUCUGGCAUCGUAUUCACCAAAGUUCAUUUUAAAGCCGCAGCUCGGCUCUCUGCGCCACUGGGGUCAGGCUUGUCUAUGCCGUGCCGUGCAUUUUGAUCACGCUAACCUGGUUCAAUAUCUGAUCAAUCAUGGGGCUACAGUUUCGAUGCUGUUGCCCGUUCUUCCUACGCCUCAAUGGCUCGAGACCGGUGGUCUCUACCGGACUCAGGUCAUAUCUUCAGAUCGUCUCUCCAGUUCUCUACGGCGCUCUAGAAUUUCUAUUUCGAGAGGUCAUACGUACUCAGCGUCCGACACGAAUGAAUCAUCGGAAGUAUCAUCUGGCACCUCGCGACUUUUAGAGAUUUUCGAGGCCGCACGAUCCUACGAUCUACAGACGGAUGGAGCCCAGACAUUCUUAGACAGCGUACUCUCUGUCCAAUAUCAUGCUCUGGAUCAUGCUAUUGAAAGACGAUCACAUAGCGUCAUAGUAGCCCUUAUGGACUUUGUCGAUACUAGGAUAUCAAGGUCGGAACUGAGUUCGGCUUUGAUUCUUGCUUGCCAGCGUGGAGAGUCUCGAUCUGUUAAGGCAUUGAUCGACAGGGGAGCUGAUGCAGCAUGGUCAAGACCAGGCGAGAACUGUCUUCUAAGGAACGCGAUGUUGCUUUACUACUGCAAGCGGGAGCCGACCCAAACUUUCACCUCCCUAACUCAGCUUGCAAUCCACCUCAUGAUAGUCCGCUUGGAAUCGCGAUUCAGAGACUGGCUAGAUACCCCGAGAGAGGAUCUUGUCAAUCCGUGGUUACAAAGCUGCUUCAGCAUGGUGGAAAACUGA